AUUCUGAAUCGCGCUGCGCGCUUGCUAUCUCUGGCGCGAGCUGCUGAUUCGCUUGCUGAUUCGCUGUUCUAAUCACCGCACCAGCACGCCGCUUGAGUUUCACGCGCUGGCGUAGCCUACCUGGCAAGACAGCGAGCCAGCCACCCCUUUGCCGCACCGCGCGUACCCGCAGCGGUGCGCGCCGGCAGCUAGAACUGCGUUCAACAACACCUAAACACGUAAAAUGAGCGAGCGCACGCAUUUGAAAGUGGACACGAGCCAAGUGCCCGACGCGGGCAGCACCGAGUCGCUCCGCAAUUUAGGCGGCCAGGACACGCCGUCGACGCGCGAGAAGAAGCGUCGGUGGAGGAAGAAGUUACUGUAUCUCGUAGCAGCAAAGCAGUUCCUCGAGCAGAAGAAGCUCCAGCCUCUAGGUUGGAAGGCCGGGUCGAUGGCAUUGAUCAAGAGCACGUGGCUGAAUUGGUUAUUUCUGUUUGUAGUCGUGCUACCCUUCGUCCAAGGGAGAGAAGGCGCGCGCUUCGCGUUUGGUUCGAUCGCGCUGCUACCUUUGGCUACUUUACUAGGUGAUGUGACGGAAAAAGUAGCUUAUCACACGACAGACACCAUCGGAGGCUUGUUGAAUGCGACCUUCGGCAACGCCACGGAGGUCAUCGUGUCUAUAUUUGCGAUGCGGCUCGGGUUGAUCGACGUGGUCCAGUCGUCAUUACUAGGCUCGGUACUCUCAAAUAUGCUCCUGGUGUUAGGAACGGCCUUCGUCGCGGCGGGCAUGAAGAAAAAAGUAGCCAAAUUCAACCGAUUGGCGGCGUCGGCGAACACUUCAUUACUGCUAGUGGUUGUUCUGGCUAUCGCGGUACCCGCCGUCCUCAGCGCGUCCCAAGAGAUCGAAAAACCCGAACUCAAGGCCUUCUCCCACGGCGUCGCCGUCAUCAUGUUGCUACUAUAUGGCCUCUACCUCUUCUUCCAGCUGUCGUCGCACGCGUACAUCUUUGAGGACGACGAGGACGCAAGCCCGAAGUCUCCCAGCCGAAGGGCGCGCGGCGAGGCCGGCUUCCAGCAGGUCGUGCUGGCGGCGGCGCACGCCAAUAGGUUACCGCCCUUCGACGGGUCCUAUCCCGAGUUGGAAGAAGAUGACGACGACGAGUUCGUGUUGGCGCCGAACGUGGCCAUUGCGUGGUUAGCUUUGUUGACUCUAUUGAUAUCGUUACUCUCGAAGGUCAUUUGCGACGCGAUCGAGGGGGCAGCGUUAGCUUGGAAUCUGCCGAGGGCCUUUGUGGGAUUUGUGCUCCUACCGAUCGUGGGCAACGCCGCCGAGCACGCCACGGCCAUCGGCAUGGCCUACCGCGAGAAGCUCGACCUAGCCAUCGCCGUCGCUCUCGGUUCGUCGACGCAGAUCGCCUUAUUCGUCAUACCACUCAUGGUCGUCAUCGGCUGGCUCCUACCAGGCUUGGAUAACGACAUGACCUUGGACUUUCCUCCGUUCGAGACGACGGUGACGAUGCUGUCGGUUAUUAUCGUCGCGUUUCAAGUCCAAGUGGGGGAGGUCACGUACUUGUCGGGCUUCGUGCUGGUGGUCGCCUACGUGAUCAUCGCGCUGAGCUUCGUGUAUUUACAUAGGAAAGUGGAGAUGAUCCCGGUGCCGGGCGACCCCGUGCGGCGCGCCCUCCGCGGGUCUUAUUGAGCCGGGCCCGGCUCCCAAGUAUAACUAUGAUGUUGAACC